AUGGUUAACACAGAUUUUGAAAAAAUAUAUUUAAAUCAAUCCAAAUCAGGAGGACGUAUGCGUAUAGCCGAGUCUGGUCUUGGAUGGAAAGCAAGCACAUCAAGUGGUUCAGUAUCACAACCAUUUCUUUUGCCACGGGAAGGGAUUUUGAUUGCUAGCUGGUCAAGAGGGUCAAAAGGAUAUGAAUUAAGAGUUCAGACUAAAAAUAAGGGGGUUGUGAGUUUGGAUGGGUUUGAUCAGGAUGAUUUCACUCAAUUGAAACAAGAAUUGACUCGUAAUUUCCACAUUAAUUUAGAACAUAAAGAGCAUUCAUUAAGAGGAUGGAAUUGGGGAAAAACCGAUUUAGCAAGAAAUGAGUUGAUUUUCAACGUUAACAAUAAGCCAGCAUUUGAGGUUCCUUAUGCGGAUAUUAGCAAUUCGAAUUUAACUGGUAAGAACGAGGUUGCUAUUGAGUUUAAUUUGGAUAAUAAUAAGAAUGGCGAUGAAAUUGUAGAAAUGAGAUUUUACGUACCGGGUACAAUUGAGAAUGAGACAACCAUAGUGAAAAGUGAGAAUAACGGUGACGUUGUUGAGGAAGCGGUCAUCAAUGAAACUAGUGCUGCACAGCAAUUCUACGAGCAAUUGAAGGAUAAGGCCGACAUUGGACAAGUUGCAGGGGAAGCCAUUGUUUCAUUUAGUGAUGUGUUAUUCUUGACACCAAGAGGUCGUUACGAUAUUGAUAUGUAUCCAUCGUCGUUAAGAUUGAGAGGUAAAACUUAUGAUUACAAAAUACAGUACGAACAAAUUGAAAGAAUCUUCAGUUUACCUAAACCGGACGAGACACAUCACUUGAUAGUGUUACAGAUUGACCCACCUUUAAGACAAGGCCAAACUAGAUAUCCAUUUUUGGUAUUGCAAUUUGUUAAAGAUGAAGAGACAGAAUUGGAAUUAAAUGUCAGUGAUGAAGAUUUUGAAAAGAAAUACAAGGAUAGAUUGAAGAAAACAUAUGAUGCACCUACAAAUGUUGUUAUGGCACAUUGUCUUCGAGGAUUGACUGAACGUAAGUUGAUCACCCCCGGUGCCUUCCAGUCGAGAUAUUUACAAGCAGGUGUUUCUUGUUCCGUUAAAGCAUCUGAAGGUUACUUGUUCCCAUUGGACAGAUGCUUUUUAUUUGUAACAAAGCCAACACUUUACAUUCCAUAUAGUGAAAUAAGCAAUGUCGUGAUGUCCAGAACAGGGGGUGGGGUUUCUGCUUCAAGAACAUUUGAUUUAGAGGUGAAUGUAAUUGGUUCUAAUCAGCUGCAUGUUUUCAGCAAUAUUGAUCGUGAAGAACAAGAGUUCCUUGAAUCAUUCUGUAAAGAAAAAGGAGUUAAAGUCAAGAAUGAAGAAAAAAUUGCCAAGGCAAGGUUGGCAAAGGCUCUUGAACAAGAAGCCAAUGAUGAUGAUGAUGAUGAUGCUGAUAUGGGAAGUGCUGGUGAUGAUGACGAAGAUGAAGAUGAUGAUUUCCAAUCUGGAUCUGAUUCUGACGUUGCUGAAGAGUUUGACAGUGAUGCAGCUCCUUCAAGUGAUGAUGAUGAAGAAAUGGCCGAUAACAAUGAAACUGAUGACAGACCACCCAAGAAAAAGGCAAAGAAUUAG